CUGCACUACGGGACCCUCCUGGGCAGCAGAGCUUGUGCCCACAUGGCAGCAGCUGCCUGGGCCAGUGCCUUUCUCAAUGCUCUCAUGCACACAGCCAAUGCAUUUUCCUUGCCCCUGUGCCAUGGCAAUGUCCUGGGCCAGUUCUUCUGUGAAAUCCCCCAGAUCCUCAAGCUCUCCUGCUCACAAUCAAACCUCAGGGAACUUGGGCUCAUUGUAGUUAGCCUUUGUUUAUCAUUUGGCUGUUUUGUGUUCAUUGUUUUCUCCUAUGUGCAGAUCUUCAGGGCUGUGCUGAGGAUCCCCUCUGAGCAGGGACAGCACAAAGCUUUUUCCACCUGCCUCCCUCACCUGGCUGUGGUGUCCUUGUUUAUCAGCACUGGCACAUUUGCUCACCUGAAGCCCCCCUCCAUUUCCUCCCCAUCACUUGAUAUAUCAGUGUCAGUUCUGUACUCGGUGGUGCCUCCAUGUCUCCCUUGA